AUGGACCGCCGACACCACCUUGGACCCCUUAAAGAUAAGACUUUCGCGGGUAUCAAAGUCCUAACCUUUUUCCUGUUCUGUGCAAGUGGGAAUCCCCAUAAACCAAGACUAUGGGACUGGGAACUCCAAAAUGGGGUCACGGGGAAAGUAAUCGCUCACACCACUGUAGAGGAAAGGAAACAAGUAGCCUUUAUCUUUGAUCUGUGUUCCCUGCUAGGAGGGGGGGUCCCACCUGAACCCCCAUCCUUUCAACUAGCCCCCCGGGCAUCAGGGGGGCCUCAGGGGGUUUGCGGCACAGUAGGCCACGAAAGAAGAUUACAGACAAUGGGAAUCUAUAUUUGCCCUGGCUCUGGGAAGGUUGGUACUGGGUGCCUAGACUCAGGGGCAUUUUAUUGCCCUUCCUGGGGCUGUGAGACUAUCUCCACUAUCUCGGGAGAUCAGAAAAAUAGGGACCCUCAUAUAAGCUUCCAGAAGCUCCUCGCUGGCCCCUCUUUCCCUUGUAAAAUAGAAGCCUGUAACCCAGUAGAAAUAAAUGUCACCAGCGGAGGGGAUUUCUAUUGGUCAACAAGAAGGACCUGGGGAAUAAGAAUCUAUGCCACCGGUGUAGACCCCGGAGCUCUCUUCACAAUCCAGAGGAGAGCCAAAUCGGAGCCCAUGAAGCCUAUAGGUCUGCCAUCAGACGUGGCCCUGCCCAUACCCGUUAAACCACCCCAGGCCUUACCCAGUCCUGAAACCAAAUCAAGGGCCCUGUCCCUACCUCUCAGCCCUUCCCAGGAACACUCCCUUCUUGCGAUGUUGGGGGCUGUACACCAUUUUAUUAAUACUUCCCAGCCCACGAUCGGGAAGGACUGUUGGUUAUGUUUAGACCCCAGACCACCCUAUUACGUAGGUGUGGGAAUUUCCCAGGACAUCCCCCGACUCCGGGGGCCAAAUAAUUGUUCUUGGGAUCAGCCUAAACUAACCUUGGGGGAUCUUCAGGGACAGGGGACCUGUCUGCUCUCGCCAAACUUUCCCCUCCAACAGUCCCCCUAUGCGGAUUCCUGUAAUCAAACCCACUGGGGAAAUAGUAGCUUCACUACCUAUUACCAAGCACCCGAGCAGACCUGGUUUGCUUGCACAAAUGGCCUAACCAAGUGUGCUUCCUCAGAACUAUUUAAGGAAGACAAGGAGCCCCUUCUCUGUGUCCUAGUCUAUAUCCUCCCACAGGUUUUCAUAUACAAUGGGAAUGAAGGGAGAGCCCACAUCUACUCGGGCCUUUCACCAAACCGAUACAAAAGGGCUCCUGUCUUAGUGCCCCUCCUAUUAAGCCUGGGUGUUGUAGGAUCAACUGCUGUUGGGGCUUCGGCUCUAAUCAAAGGGGAUAUAAACUUAAAGGAACUAAGUGGACAGGUGGAUAUAGACAUCAGACACCUCCAGAGCUCCAUUUCCCAUUUAGAGACACAGUUAGACUCCUUAGCAGAAGUGGUAUUACAGAAUAGACGAGGACUGGACCUUCUCUUCAUGAAUCAAGGAGGAUUAUGCAUGGCUCUUGGAGAAACUUGCUGUUUUUAUGCCAAUAAUUCGGGAAUAAUACGAGAAAGCUUGGACCUAGAUCCUGUCACCUUGUUUAAGAAGACCUGGUUUAAAUUGACUGUGGAAAUUACCCAUUUGGAAAAGCUAAUCGAAUUUUGGAGACAGCUGGGACAACAUUAA